CAGACCCACGAGUGACAGACCAAACUUACGACAGCUCCCAACGCCCGCCAUGUCUCGCCCCGUGCUUGCCCUCCUCGCUCUACUUGUGGCCACCGCCGGCGCACGGAUGGCAUACCAGCUCCCAGAUGGCGCUGAAUUUAUCCUUAAUAAGGGCCGGUCCUACACGCAGAACUUUAAUUGCGAGGGUCGACGUUACGGUUACUACGCCGAUACCGAUAACGACUGUCAGAUUUUCCACGUCUGCCUGCCUAUCGAAGACGACGUUGGCCAGAUCGUCGAGACGGCGCAUUUUUCUUUCGUCUGCGGAAACCAAACAAUCUUCGACCAAGCGAGUCUGACGUGCAGUGAAGAACUCGCGGCCUUGCCCUGCUCUGAAGCCGAAAACUUCUACGAUAUCGUCAACUCAGAGUUCGGGAAGAUUAUUGAUGCCAAUUAGAACUAAUGAAUACGAAAAAAUAUCUAUGAUGACGAAUACGAAUUUAAAUGAAUAUAUCCACCAUGCCAUAUUGAACCUACAAUCGUAGAGGAAUAUAUACGAUGUAGAUUAGAACUCAUGUAUGCAAAAGAAUAUCCGCGAUGUCACUCACGUUAAACUCAUAAGCAUAGAAUUCCAAGCAGUGCUAAUGUAUAAAAAGUAAUGUCGAAGAUGCCAAGUAGAACUCGGGAAUAGAAAAGAACAUUUAUGAUCCUAAUUAGAACUCGCGAAUACAAAGGAAUAGCUACGAUGGAAAGUAGAACUAGCGAAUACAAAAGAAUGUCUACGGUGGUAAUAAAAACUUACGAAUUCAGAAGAGUACCCACGAUGCAAUGUAAAACUCACGAAUAGAAUGAAAUUUAAUGAGAUUCCCAGUGAGAAGUUCAUUGGAAAAAGUAAAAUAAUUGAAUAUGAUAUUCAGCGAACACUAAAAAUUGCAAGGAAAGCGGUACAAAUUUGAGCAGAGAGUUGUAGUAGCAUAUGUUAUAUACCUACAUUCAAUACGUUAGAUGGAUUGUUGAAGUUUGACAUCUACAUCUAGCCAUAUAAAAAAUAAUGGAUUUUUUGAAGUAUGACAUUCACAUCUAGCCAUAUAAAAAAAUUAAUUGAGAUUCAUUAACGAUUACGAGAUAGAAAAUUGAUACAGAACUUUGCUUAGUUUACGUAUUAAAAUUUUUUUUCUAAAAAAUUAUCUCUUUACGCAUUGGAAAUUGAAGAGUGUUAAAGCAAUUAACCUGAAUUAGAAAUAGACGCUAUUCCCACUGUGGUUAACUUCCAUAGGAAACCUUUACCGUAUUCCUGGCAUUGUUAAAUUUAUCAUAUGUAAAUAUGUAUUCAGCAAAUGUAUGUAUUUUGUGUAUUCGCGAAUGCAAAUAUUAUCGCAUGCAUAAAGGCAAAAUCUAAAUUUGGUUUGAAAAUAUGUAUGUAAUAUAUUAUGGAAAUUAAUGGCUGUUCGGCGGCUUAAAGUUUGUAAUGUGAUCCAUUUAAUGCUUUUUGCUGGUUAAA